CGGCGAGCUGCCGGAACAGCGCGGCCACGCGGGGGACCCCGGCCUCGCGGCCCUGCCGAACAUCCGGCCCGUGGCCGGCGGCGAGCACGCGGCCUCGUGGAUCAAGGAGAACCUCGACGCCUACUUCCGCAGGCGCGAGGGCCUCGAGUACCGCUCCAGGGCGGCCUGGGCCCUGAGGGAGAUGGACGACAAGUUCUCCUUCCUGAGGCCAGACACGGUGGUCGUGGACCUCGGGUGCUUCUCGGGAGGCUGGUCGCAGGUGUGCGUCGAGAGGACGCUGCCGUCCAGCAGUUCCUCCAUGGUCAUCGGGGUGGACAAGGUCCGCAUGGACCCCCUCGACGGGCACACGUUCAUCCAGGGCGACGUCGCGGCGGAGGACACGCUGCAGGCGCUGCAGGCGGCACUGGGGGACCGGCGCGCGGACGUCGUCCUCUCGGACCUGGCGCCCGCGCUGGUGGGGCUCAAGUACGAGGACCACAUGGCCAGCAUGCAGUGCUGCCUGUAUGCGGCCAGGAUCAUGGAGAAGGUCUUGCGGCUCGGGGGCUGGUUCAUCGUCCACGGUGCCCAGAGCAGGGGCACUGGCGCACGUACCUGGACUCCCGCUUCGACACCGUCCGCUCGCUGAAGCCGCCGGCCUCCAGGCGGAACCACCGGGAGAUGUACUGCGCCUGCC